AUGUCGAGCAAUUGUACAAUUGAUCAUUUACUUAAUCGAGAUAAAAUUGGGGAGGAAGAGGUAUUGUUAAACAUUGAAGAGGAGGAUGGGAUUGUAAAAACUUAUAAUCUAACCAACUUCGAGUGUGUCAAGGAAGCAGAGUUGGUCGACGACAUGUUUGUAAUUCAUCAUUUUCUUGAAUACUUGAAAGAAGAUGUUACAAUAGUAAACAUUCCUACAUAUGCUCUUGCUCGGUUCUACAGUGACAAUAUUUUUCCUCGGUUCAAAGAAAAACAGAUAAUGGCCUGGAUUACUUUUGUUUAUCGACUUGGGUAUGAUACUGUUCCUCAAGAUACCCAUAUGUUAAGGUGCAGAGUGAAUUGUAAUAUUUUGAAGUUUCUUCCUGAAACUGAAAAUAUGUUUGAUUUAAAUCGGUUGGGCAAUUCUAAGUAUUUCCUGGUUCUUCAAUUAUGGGUUGAGGAAGGCAUGGUGGAUCUUUCUUUAUGUGAUUUUGUGGGAACUGGAAUGGAGAUAGUUCUGAUGGUUAUAUACAGAUUUAACGAUUGGCCUCGGGGCUUCUCGUAUGCCUUCCAUCUUUGGGCAGGGUCUCUUCAGAAACAAAUGGAUAGACUUUGCCCUCUCAAACCCGGUGAGAUAGAGAUCAUGCGUCGUGCUGUGGGCUAUCCUAAAGACACACGAAUAUACGUGGCUUCUGGGCAUGUCUAUACUUUGUAUGAACACUCAUUUAUGUUUACGUUUGUUGAUCUUUAUGUUAAGGUGACUGCACUGCACUCUAAUCCCUCACGGGAAGUAUUCAAUGCCAAGAGACCGCCAUUAACUGUGAAAGAAACGGAAGAUGAUGAGACGAGAGAGAGGGAAACGGUCGAGGUAAAAGAGUCGAUCUGGACCAUGAAGGAUAAGUCUAUGCAGGUGUGUGUUGAAGGAGAUGAAACCCCACCUCAGAAUUUUGAGUUUAGCCCGGUUUGCAGUGGUUACACUUUGAUUCCAAUUGAAUUGGUUGACCCAAUAGCGGAGGAUUAUCUUGGAGAUGAGGUAAGCUCAAGGAUCAAGGGCAAGUUGGAUAUGGAAAAGGCUUAUGAUCGGAUGCAAUGGCCUUUUCUUCUCAAUGUUUUGAAAAGGAUGGGUUUCUCUGACAAGUGGAUACAACUUAUUGACCAUUGUAUAUCGCCUUGCUGGUUUUCUGUGUUGAUUAAUGGAUGCCCAGCAGGUUUUUUUAAGUCGACUCGGGGUCUAAGACAAGGUGACCCUAUUUCCCCUACUCUGUUCAUUCUUGCGGCAGAAUAUUUGUCAAAGUUGUUGGAUCAACUCAUUCUUGGAAAGAAAGAAAUGAUGUAUCGCACGGCUAGGUACACCAUGGGGGUCUCGCACUUAGCUUAUGCGGAUGACAUUAUUGUCUUCUCACAGGCACAGAGAUCUGCUGUGUUGAGCAUCUCGGAUUGUCUUGAGCAUUACAUGAAUGUGUCGGGACAGAAAGUAAAUGUGGGGAAAAGCUGCUUCUUCCUUGAUGAGAGGCAUAACACAUGGGCAACGGAGAUUAGUGAGCUAAGUAUUUGCUUCUCAUUUAUUCAGAUAGUCAUAUGGUCCAUAUUACCAGCAAUCAGAAGCUCGCAUGCUGAUCAUACAAACAAUGCCCUUGUGCUUAUUGUUUUGCUGCAAUACAUCCCCCGGUUGUAUCUCAUCUUCCCGUUGAGUUCUGAGAUCAUCAAAGCUAAUGGACUCGUCACAAAGACAGCAUGGGCAGGAGCUGCUUACAAUCUGGUGCUCUACAUGUUAGCAAGCCAUGUGUUAGGGGCUUCCUGGUACUUGCUGUCGAUUGAGAGACACGCAACGUGUUUAAAAUCUGCUUGCAGGGAUGAGUUCAACGGCAUUGGCUGCUCACUCCCUUUUCUCGAUUGUGGCACUUUGACCCAUAAUGACAGAGGAAGAUGGGUAAACAGCACACAGGUGUUCAAGAAAUGCAAUCCUGAUGACACCACCUAUUUUAAGUAUGGAAUAUUUGGAAACGCCAUUGCAAACAGCGUUGUGUCGUCUGGAUUUCGAGAGAAGUACUUCUACUGUUUAUGGUGGGGUUUGCAAAACUUAAGUUCCUAUGGCCAGACGUUGUCUACAAGCACGUUUAUUGGAGAGACUAUGUUCGCCAUACUCAUCGCCAUCUUGGGGCUUGUUCUAUUUGCUCAUUUGAUUGGAAAUAUGCAGACCUAUCUGCAAUCUAUGACUGUGAGGCUUGAGGAGUGGAGGCUCAGGCGUCGAGACACUGAGGAAUGGAUGAGGCAUCGCCAACUCCCGGAGGCUCUCCAACAGCGUGUGAGACGUUUUAUACAGUACAAAUGGCUUACCACAAGAGGAGUUGAUGAAGAAUCGAUCCUCCAUGCCUUGCCAAUAGAUCUCCGUCGUGAUAUUAAGCGCCACCUCUGUCUAGACCUUGUUCGUCGUGUCCCGUUUUUCUCCCAAAUGGACGAUCAGCUUCUUGAUGCCAUCUGUGAGCGUCUCGUCUCAUCCUUGAGCACCCAAGGCACCUACAUUGUCCGCGAGGGAGAUCCCGUCUCGGAGAUGCUCUUCAUCAUUAGGGGGGUGCUGGAGAGCUCGACCACAAAUGGAGGCCGGACAGGAUUCUUCAACUCGACAACCUUGAGGCCGGGUGACUUCUGCGGCGAGGAGCUGCUCGCGUGGGCGCUGCUCCCUAGGUCCACCCUAAACUUCCCUUCCUCGACACGAACAGUGAGAGCACUCAAUGAAGUGGAAGCAUUCGUGCUGAGAGCAGAAGACCUUAAAUUCGUUGCCAAUCAGUUCAGACGUCUCCACAGUAAGAAACUGCAGCACACUUUUAGAUACUACUCUCACCAUUGGAGGACGUGGGCUGCCUGCUUCAUUCAGGCUGCGUGGCGUCGCUGCAAGAAGAGAAUGAUGGCUAAAAACCUCAGCGUGAGUGAAUCGUUCUGUUUCUCACACGACGUGCAGUCAUCAGAAGAACAUGAUGGUGAAGAGGAAGAUGUACAGGCGGCAGCAGCAGCAGAUAAUUCUUGUCAGGUGCAACAAAACCCUGCAUCAAGGUUUGCAGCUAACACGAAGAGGGGAGCUCAGAAGGCCAACGAUUUGGAAAUGCAUAAGCUGCAGAAGCCUGAAGAGCCGGAUUUCUCAGCUGACGCUGAUGUUGAUGAGUGAUGAGAACUCGACUCUUUAACCACACACGCUGUUUUUAGUCUGCGUGGGAGGUGAUACAAUACGAUCGUCUUAGGUAUUCUUAUGAAGACUAGUAUUUAUAAUUGUUGCAUUGGCUUGAAUAUGAAUGUGGGGGUGCUUAGGCUACUAGUUUUGCAUAGGAAGUUCAUUGUAGAGGUCGCUUUCAGGGCGUAUGCUCCGUGUUUAUGUUUCAUCUCGUGUCUCAGUUGAUGGUGCUUCGUCUUAGACGACUGGCAAGCUGGGCGUGGUAAAGUUUAUAUUCGAGGUUUGGAACUGUAAUUUCCAUGGAGAUGGAACAUAAACAUAGAGAGAGUGUGACAGAUACUAGUGAAAUUUAUAAUUGUUGGAUAGUAGUGUAUGUGAUUAUUGUUAUUGCAGCAAUAUGUUGAUUCUUUACA